AUGAACAGGCAGGGAAAGGCUGUCCGGUCGCCUGUCUCCGGCCCCGACAGCCGCCCCGACAGCGGGCGGCCGCCCCAAUCCCGUCCUGUCCGUCCGAGUGGUUCACGCGGGCGUGUCCGCCAUGGUAACGGCGCUUCUGAUCAUGACAAGCAGCAGGAAGACCAGGGCACGUCUUCACACCCAUACGAAGACGUCGAUGCGGCGAAACGUUACGCAACGCAGCGGGAAGGCCAGGGCACGUCUUCCCGCCCAUACGAAGACGUCGAUGCGGUGAAACGUUACGCAACCCAGCGGGGAGACCAGGGCACGUCUUCACACAAGUACGAAGACGUCGAUGGGCAGAAACGUUACGCAACGUCUCCAGGUGCCACACCCAUGCGGCGGCAUGAGCCUUAUUGGUUAUCACGUGCGGACGCCGCUGCAAAAAUACCCAACCCUAUGUACCCCUCCAUUGCAGGCACCACAACCAAGCCGCAGCCUCAGUCACUGCGAUCACGUGCGGACGCCGCUGCAAAAAUGAUCAAUCCUAUCUACGCUUCUGGUUCAGACCGCACGUAUCCGGGUGGAGCGAGUGGCCGCCGGGGUGUCCGCGCCCGCCGCAGCUAUCUGGCCGCCGGCAUCGCCGUGCUGCUGAGCGUCGUUGCCGUGGGACUCGCCCCUCUCACGUUCAGCAACAAACAGGAAAUAUCUCAAUUGUCGACAACCCUGAAACGCGACUUGCGCCAACUGGCCACCACUUUUGGCGCCUUAAAGCGCAACCUGGACAACGAGCGAAACCGAACCGCCGCCCUGGAGCAGCGUCUUCACGAGAUUGAGAAGACUUUGCGAUACACAAUCUGGCAUGGAACCUGCUACAAGGCCUUCGCCACACGCAAGACCUUUGACCAAGCGGCCGAGGCCUGUCGUGCAGACGGUGGCACCCUCGCCAUGCCCCGAGACGCUGAGACCGACGCCUUCCUCAUCUCCCUGCAUGACUCCGUGGGCGACGGUUUUUGGUUCGGCCUGCACGAUCAGUGCGAAGAGGGAAGGUUUGAGUGGCUGGACGGUUCUGUACUUGGGUCGUACAGCUCCUGGGGUCAGAAACAACCGGACAACUUUGGGGGCAACGAAGAUUGCGUCAUUUACUCCUCAGUCUGGAAAGACAAGUGGGACGACGCAAUGUGCAAGAAGCUGUUGAACUUCAUAUGCCAGGCUGCUCCAGGCUGUGCAGGAGUCUCACCACUACUGUGCAGCGGCUCUCCGACCAUCCGCAGUCAAACUAACUAG